AUGCGAGUCCUUCUCCGUGCAUUGACACAGCUUUCCAUCAAACCCUUAAAGUUACACAGGCUCAGCCCUUUUCCUGCUAUCCAGAGAUCCUUUUCGACUCAGGAUGAAGGCGGAAAAAAGGAGUCCGAUUGGACAGCCCAUUUUGGUGGAACCGGGUCGUCAGGCACUGAUGGGCUUGGAUGGGAUGUGGGCCCCUCAUCGUGGUCCACUGGGCUGACGAAGGAACACUUUGAUGGUGAAGUAGUUGGGCAGCAGGUGAGUGCGGGUUCGGGCCAGAGAAAUCCCGGUACAGGUGGUGCGGGUGGGCCCAAGGAUGGGUGGUAUUCUAAUGCAAGGUGGACUGAUGAGGAAGUCAAGAGAAUGAACAAAUUGGAGGCUGCAAAUCGUGAGGGGAAGGCUUUCGUAGAUAGCUGGGAUGAUAGAAUGGAUGAAAUGACUGUGUUGAUGAAGCAGGUGAGGGAGCCUGGAGCCAGGGGAUCAUACUUGAAAGAUUCAGAGAAAGCAGAGAUGUACAAGAAGCACAAAGAGAAUCCGGAAGUGUACACAGUGGAAAGGCUGGCAAAGGAAUACAGGAUCAUGAGGCAGCGAGUGCACGCGAUUUUAUGGCUGAAGGAGGAUGAGGAGGAGGUGGAGAAGAAACUCGGUCACCCAUUGGAUGACUCUGUCGAGCAAUUACUCGAUACAUGUCCCGAGUUUUUUAACUCCCAUGAUAGAGAAUUCCACGUAGCAGCCCUGCCGUAUAAACCGGAUUUCAAGGUCAUGCCUGAGGGUUGGGAUGGCACCACACGGGACCCAGAUGAGGUGCACUAUGAGAUCUCAAUGAAGGAAGAUGAAAUGCUGUACCAAGAAUUUGUUCAGAGGAUGAACUUUAACAAGAUGAAGAUGGCGAAGAAAGUGAAAUGCCACAAGUACAGCCGAAAGCGUCCAGACGAAGGCUGGAAUUUCACGGUUGAGAAACUCGGUAAGCAGGCUAAGCGUGGUAAUGGGGGUGGGUGGAAGUUUGUGAGUGAAGCCGAUGGCUCGACCCGACCUCUGAACGAGUUUGAAAAAAUGUUUGUCAAGAGAGAGACACCCCGCAGGCGAAAGAAAAUCCUCCCCUGA